AAGCAUCACAACCCUUGAGCCUUCAGCAGCGACUGGACAUUCUCAUUGGCGUUGCACGUGGCCUGGAGUAUCUCCACAGCUUCAAGAUUGUACACCGCGACAUCAAGCCCGCCAACAUCCUCAUUGGAGAUGACAUGCAGGCCAAAAUUGCAGACUUUGGGGUUGCGAGGAUGGUAGAGGGCACGACAGUGGGCAAAACUCAACACGCGGGAACACCGGGCUAUAUGGAUCCGGCUUACAUCAAGACAUACAGGGCCACCACAGCUUCUGAUGUCUACAGCUUUGGUGUGCUCAUGCUUGUGGUGCUCUCCGGACGCCCUGAUCCCACCGACUGCGAUGGCAACGGCCAACACAUCCUGCAGUGGGCAUCUGAGUGCCUCGCCUCGGGUAAUUCAGCGAGCCUCAAGGACCCAACCAUGGACGCCCCUGAUGAUGCGGUGCUGCGCCUGGCUGAGCUGGCAGUGAGCUGCACCGUGGAGCGCACUGCAAGCCGCCCAAGCAUGGCGCACAUUGCCACCCAGCUGCAGGCUGUCAGGGAGGAGGUGGCGGGGAGAGAGGAGCUACGAGAAGCACUCAAGGUAGACACGGAGGUGCAGGAGAUGAGGGAAGAUCCACCUGGGGAUCUUGAUGAGGAGCUCAAGGAGAUUGGCGUGUGUGAACUCAGCUGCUUGAGUUCCUCAAUCAGCCUUGGUUAG